AUGCCAAUCCCAAUUACAGAGAAGCACUCUCCAAAUCAUUGCUCUUUUUCCAAGGUCAGCGGUCUGGUCGCCUCUCGGGCGACCAAAAACUCUGAUGGAGGUUCAGCUCUGGCCUCUCUGAUGGCUCCUCUGCUCAUACAAUGUCAAGUUCAAUUCCCGAUGGCGUUCACCACCACGAUGCUUUCUUGGAGCUCUUUGGAGUAUGGUAAGAAGAUGGGACCCGAACUCCAGAACUCCCGUGUCGCAAUCCGUUGGGCAACGGACUAUCUACUGAAAUGUGUUAGGGCCACACCCGGGAAGCUCUACGUUGGAGUAGGAGACCCUAAUGGUGAUCGCAAAUGCUGGGAACGUCCAGAGGAUAUGGACACUCCUCGUACGGUCUACUCUGUAUCCGCCUCAAACCCUGGCUCAGAUGUAGCCGGUGAAACCGCUGCUGCUCUAGCUUCAAGCUCCAUGGUUUUCAGGAAAGUUGAUCCAAAGUACUCUCGCUUGCACUUCAAUACCGAGGCGCUUACAGACGAGCUAGUGUGGGGAGCAGCGUGGCUGCAUAGAGCAACCAAGAAUCCGUAUUACACAAACUUGAUCAAAUCAUUGGGAGGUGAAGGAGAUCAGCCUGACAUCUUCAGUUGGGACAAUAAGUAUGCUGGUGCAUAUGUUCUUCUCUCACGACAAGCAAUACUGAACAAAGACAACAACUUUGAGACCUACAAGCAAGCAGCUGAGAAUUUCAUGUGCAAGAUCCUUCCAAAUUCUCCUUCCUCCUCCACAAAGUACACUAAAGGUACAUGA